CGGUCAACGGAUCCAAGUGUCUGUAUCAGACUUAACACAACAGCAGGUCGCGACGUCUCUGUCAGGUCCAGGAGAAUCCGGGGUUUACGAGCAGGAGCCGGGAGGAGCGACACCGGGCGGUGAAAGACACCUAGGAGCCACUGCUGCAUCAUUCCUAAGUUCUUCUUCUCCUCCGAAACAAGUGGCACUUCGCAACACAGAACGGGAACGGAUUUGUGGAGCGCAUAAGCGACCGAGGCUUUCAGUUUCCCAAGUUGAUCUCCUGUGCUCACCUUAACAUGGCUUCAACGACCUGCACCAGGUUUACCGAUGAGUACCAGCUGUACGAGGAGCUGGGGAAGGGUGCUUUCUCUGUGGUGAGACGGUGCAUGAAGAUUUCCACAGGGCAGGAAUACGCCGCCAAAAUAAUCAAUACCAAGAAGUUGUCAGCCAGGGAUCACCAGAAGUUGGAGCGGGAGGCCAGGAUCUGCCGCCUGCUCAAGCAUGCCAACAUCGUGCGGCUCCAUGACAGCAUAUCAGAGGAAGGAUUCCACUAUCUGGUCUUUGACUUAGUUACCGGUGGUGAGCUGUUUGAGGACAUUGUUGCCAGGGAGUACUACAGCGAAGCCGAUGCCAGUCACUGCAUACAGCAGAUUCUAGAAAGUGUAAAUCACUGCCACAUAAAUGGCAUAGUGCACAGGGACCUAAAGCCGGAGAAUUUGCUCCUAGCCAGCAAACUGAAAGGGGCAGCGGUUAAACUGGCAGAUUUUGGCCUGGCCAUUGAAGUGCAGGGAGACCAGCAGGCAUGGUUCGGUUUUGCCGGGACACCAGGGUACCUGUCCCCAGAGGUGCUAAGGAAAGAUCCCUACGGCAAGCCGGUGGACAUGUGGGCCUGUGGUGUGAUCCUCUACAUCCUCUUGGUGGGAUAUCCUCCAUUCUGGGACGAGGACCAGCACAGACUCUACCAGCAGAUUAAAGCUGGUGCUUAUGAUUUCCCUUCUCCUGAGUGGGACACAGUGACUCCAGAGGCCAAAGACCUGAUCAACAAGAUGCUGACCAUUAAUCCAGGCAAGAGAGUGACCGCCACAGAUGCACUCAAACACCCCUGGAUCUGCCAACGCUCCACUGUGGCGUCCAUGAUGCACAGGCAGGAGACUGUGGAGUGCCUGAAGAAAUUCAACGCUAGAAGGAAACUCAAGGGCGCAAUCCUGACCACUAUGCUCGCCACUCGCAACUUCUCAGCAGCCAAGAGCCUGCUGAACAAGAAACCAGAUGGUGUCAAAAUCAACAACAAGGCCAAUGUGGUCACCAGCCCCAAAGAGCCUGUCCCCACUCCUUCUCUGGAGCCUCAAACCACUGUUAUCCACAACCCUGCUGAUGGAAACAAGGAGUCCAGUGAGAGUGCCAACACUACCAUCGAGGACGAGGACGUGAGAGCUCGUAAGCAGGAGAUCAUUAAAGUCACUGAGCAGCUGAUCGAGGCCAUCAACAACGGCGACUUUGAGGCCUACACGAAGAUAUGUGAUCCUGGCCUCACGUCCUUUGAACCCGAGGCUUUGGGCAACUUGGUGGAGGGCACAGACUUCCACCGCUUCUACUUUGAGAAUGCUCUGUCCAAGGGGAAGCAGCCCAUCCACACUAUCCUGCUCAACCCCCAUGUCCACCUGAUCGGGGACGAGGCCGCCUGCAUUGCCUACAUCCGCCUCACCCAGUACAUCGACGGCAACGGCAUACCUCGCACCAUGCAGUCGGAGGAGACCCGCAUCUGGCACCGCCGCGACAGCAAGUGGCAGAACAUCCACUUCCACCGCUCCGGCUCACCCACCGUGCCCACCAAUUGAGAGGAUGAUCUCUGACUGCAAACAGCCUACAGCAGUCAGCUGAACAGACCCCGCCCACCAAGUGUCCGUCAGAUCCCUCAGCCAAUCCCUGCCCAUGAUAGCUAGAGCUCUGCCCUCUCAGUGUGUUGUUUACAUAUUGUCGCUGCUGGACAGAAGAUUAUUGUACAUGUUGGGGAGAAAAAAAAGGUAGAAGACCUUAUUUCUUGACAAUAUCUUUUUGUAGUGAGAGUGUGUGUUGUUCAUUCCAGGAUAUUACCAUCUGCAGCAUGUUUUAUUACGCGGAGGUUUUUUAGAUCAGUAGGUUUUAAAUAGAAGUGGUUUUCAGAGCAGCCACUGGUUCCAGUUGGUUCAUUUUUAAUGGGUUGGUGAAAUAUGUGAAACUUGCAGUCAUCAUGUAGUUGCAGAUAUUUUCUUUUGAAUAUUGCACAUAUUGAGGACUCAUGAGUUGUUGUGAUUUGUCUCCUCUUUUUUUUUUUCGCCUUUGGCGCAAUGACCAAUAUAUCACAUAUCUGCUUUUUACUCAUGUAUCUUUUCAGAACUGCCAUCUAUUAAAGCUCAGGCUCAAGCUUGCUUUCUUCUGGUAAUGUGUAGGUUUUGGUAAUUGGUGUUAAUUGCUCUCUUAACUUAAUCUAUUAGUAUCCAUAUGAGCUGAGUUGGCUAAUUUUACAAAUCUGUUUUGCCCUUGGCACUAAGUUGUAUUUUAUGUUUACUCAGAAUUUUAACUAUGAAUGUUUAAAAGGGAACUCAGUUGAAACGUGUUUCAUUUUGUCUGUUUUGGACCUCUAUCACGUGAGAAGAGUAUCUUCAUAGAAUGGAUCUCUGAAAUACAGAGGAACGUAUAAUAAUUCAUUUAUUCUUUAAGGCCAUUCUUUAAAGCUUUUCAGUCAAAUGAUCUUUUCAUUCAGUAUCAGUUGAUCCGUUUUGUUGACAUGUUAUAUCCUCAUUAUUAUCGCUUUCCUUUAAACCUUUUAACCUUGAUUGUCUUUAUUGGUGAAUCCUUCCUUUAUCCUCUGUCCAGCUGGUGUAAGCCAAUGUUAGAGCACCAUCUUUUACACUGGACAAGACUAAAGUAGAAUCAUGAUGUUGAGACUGACAGGAAUCUCAAGUCCAGCUGAAACGUUUGCUUCUGGAAGCACGAUUCCCAUUUAUUUUUGUCAUGGGGAAUUGGAUCAUCAGCCAGAAUUACUAAACAGUAAAUCACUAUUGUUCUUGACGUUCUAGUUCUUAUGUCACUCUUUGUUAUUUUGGUAUCACUGUUAAAUCAAAGGGAAAGAGGAUUGUCAUCACUUGCAGGUUCAGAUUAGGAGGGAUGGGAAAGAUAAUUCCAGAAUCAAAGCACUGGGUAAAGGAAGCAGUCACCUUCAGAGUCACAGGGUGUCCACUGAUGGUUACAUUUGUGUUUGUGAGAUUUUGUCUUCAGAACACUGUUUCUGCAGUCUUUAAUCACAUUUGUCCCGCACACGACACAUUUUGUUUUUGUCUCAAGAUGCAGUGAAAUUCCCGAUGGGACACAUCACAUAUAUAAUGUUGCCAUGAUGGGACAAGCCUGAUGUAUGUUUAAGAAAUAUCAAAUAAAAUGUGUGAUUUAUGCCAAAUGA